UGUGAAGCUUUGCCCGCUCCGGUGGCUGGGUUAGGGAAGGAGAAAAGCAGGAAGGGGCGCAGCCUGCUGCAGAGGCUGCCGCUGAGCAUCCCCGACGCAGCCCCGCAGGUGUGCCUGCAGCCGCCGCGCGGCUGGUGAAGCCUCCUCGGGAGUGUGCGGGACGGAUUCGGGGGCUCCUCCAUGCAGCCGGCCGGAGGGCUCGAGAACCAGCCGGCUGGCCCGUGCUAUGGCUUGGGGAGAAGAGGCUGAGGCUGCGGGGAGCCAGCCCGGCGAGGCUGCCGCUGCAGAGAAGCUGUUGACAUUGUUAUGGAUCAUUUACAAAGCAGAAUGGAAGAUGGUGAACAAGUGAAAAUGAAGUCCUUCAGAGAAGCUCACAGUCAGACAGAAAAACGGAGAAGAGAUAAAAUGAAUAACUUAAUUGAAGAACUAUCCGCUAUGAUCCCCCAGUGCAAUCCCACGGCCCGCAAACUGGACAAACUUACUGUAUUGAGAAUGACUGUACAGCACUUGAAGUCCUUAAAAGGCUCUACCAGUUCUUAUACAGGAGAUAAUUAUAAGCCUACAUUUAUACAGGAUGAUGAGCUGAGACAUUUAAUCCUCAAGGUUGCAGAUGGGUUCCUAUUUGUUGUUGGAUGUGAUCGAGGAAAAAUUUUGUUUGUCUCUAAAUCAGUCUCCAAAACACUUAAUUAUGAUCAGGCAAGUUUGACUGGACAAAGUUUAUUUGACUACUUACAUCCAAAAGAUGUUGCCAAAGUAAAGGAACAGCUUUCUUCUUCUGAUAUUUCUUCAAGAGAGAAAGUGAUAGAUGCCAAAACUGGCUUUCAAGUCCAAGCAAAUUUCCCUGCUGGAACAACUCAUCUCUAUUCUGGUGCAAGACGAUCCUUUUUUUGUCGGAUAAAAUCUUAUAGACCAUCAAUCAAAGAAGAACAGGAAUGCUUACCUAACUCAAAGAAGAAAGAUCACAGGAAGUUCUGUACUGUUCAUUGUAUGGGUUAUUUGAGGAGUUGGCCCAUGAGCGUAGUAGGACUGGAAGAAGACAACGACAACCAGAAAAACAGCAGUAACUUUAACUGCCUUGUGGCCAUUGGAAGAUUACAUCCAUAUAUUGUUCCACAGAACAGUGGGGAAAUUAAAGUCAAACCAACAGAAUUUGUUACCCGCUUUGCCACGAAUGGAAAAUUUGUUUAUGUGGAUCAACGGGCAACAGCAAUUUUAGGCUAUCUUCCACAAGAACUUUUGGGAACUUCUUGUUAUGAAUACUUCCAUCAAGAUGAUCAGAGUAAUCUAACCAACAAACAUAAAGCAGUCCUACAGAGUAAGGAGAAAAUCUUUACUGAUUCCUACAAAUUCAAAGCAAAAGAUGGUUCAUUUAUAACUUUAAAAAGCCAGUGGUUUAGUUUCAUAAACCCUUGGACCAAAGAACUGGAAUACAUUGUAUCCAUCAACACAUUAGUUCUGGGAUGUAGAGAAUCCAGGGAAACAUCACUGCUUACUUGCAGCUCACACUCAUCAGAAGAUGCUUCCAGACAGUCUUUUAUUAGUGUGCCUGGAAUAUCUACAGGAACAGUCGUUGGUGCUGGUAGUAUAGGAACAGAGAUUGAAAAUGAAGUUCUCGACUUACAGAGGUUACAUUCUUCUCCAUCUCUUGCUGAUUCAAGUCCAACAAACAUCAGAGAAUCUCCAGCAAUUAAUUGCAGUAAUGUGCCAAACAAAGAGCUGAUUCAGUUAUGUUCUUCUGAAAGGGGAAACCAUGAGCCUUCGGGGCAAAGCCUUGGUAUUAUUUCUUUCUCCGGCAAUGAAACACUGCUCAGUGACAACACGCAGUUGGAUUUUGAUGCAAUGUGUGAAAAUGAUGACACUGCCAUGGCUGCCUUCAUGAAUUAUUUAGAAGCAGAAGGAGGUCUGGGGGAUCCAGCUGACUUUAGUGACAUCCAGUGGACACUCUAGCUCUUGUCCUUCUCUAUAAAUGAGAGGUGUAUAAAAGUGUUUCAUAUACAACUGUAUAUUCCUCAGUAUUGUAUUAAUACUAUUUUUAUCUUUCAAGUUGUUGAUCUACUGAUUUGUACUGAAUUGCAACUUGUUGAUGAAGGAAUAGGUGAAAAGCUGCAGUUUUCCAUCAAUGGAGAACCUUAGUUUAUUACUAAUCCUUUAUAGAAUAAGAUUGCUUAUAUCCAUGGAUUGGCUAUUUUAUCCUAAAAUGUUCUUAUUCCCCCCUCUCCUCAAAUGUACAUUGUACUAAGUAUCAAUGUUCUUUGUAUAUUAGUUGUUUAUUUCUUUGUGUGACAUCUGAAUUCAACAGGAUUAAUUAUAUGACUUUUUUUUUUCUUUUUGGAUUAUUGAUGAGGUUUUGUUCUUUGAUAUGUCUUUUUUAUUUAAGUAUGUACUCUUAAUUGGUGAUGGGGUUUAUAGGCUAUAAGGACAAGGUAAAUACCUCAAAACUGAAAGGAUAAUGUUAUGUUUAGCACAAUCAUACAGAAUAUUGUAUGUAGUCUUAAUGGCUACAAAUAGGAACCAAAUCAGAAGAUAGAGGCAGAAUAUGGUACUCUGAGUUAGUAUUCAGAGCAAGGAAAUGCAAAGAACAAAAGAUUUAGAAUCAGAAAGAAAUUUGAAAUCUAGUUCUUCAAUUGCUGUCUAUAUGACUUUAGGCAAAUCACUUCAUCUUUCCAGGUCUAUAUCUUUAAAAUAGCAGACUUAAAGCUAGAUUGUCUCUAAAGUUCCUUCUAGUUGGAAUCCUAUGCUUCUGAGUAAAAAUACUUUUUUUUUAGUAAGGCAAUUGGGGUUAAAUGAUUUGUCCAGAUAAAGUAAAAAUACUUUUUAAAAUAUUGGAAAAUGUGAUGUUUUAUUCACAGGAUUUUUCUGUUCUUGCUGGUUCUUUUUUUUAAGAGCUUUUUUAAGGUGCCUUAAAGCCAGGCUGUUGAUUUCUUACUUUACAUAAAUCAAUAUUCUCUGCUUUACUCAAUAUUCCUACUGUCAACUUUGGACAUGGUAUUAUUAUAGAUGAAUUUUAGAGCUGGAAGAUAUCUUAGUGAUCCCUUUUUCUCAUAUAUAUA